AUGUCCGUGAACAAGACCCUGAUCUCCCAGCUCGCCAAGUUCUCCUCGUGCGAGGUGGCCGAUGCGCUGAUCAAGCUCAAGCUACCGCACGGCGGCUACCUGCCGGGCAUUGAAAUGUACUCGCCGCAGCACAUUAGCGGCCCGACGUCGGUGUGCGGUCCCGCGUUUACCGUCAAGAUGGUGCUCCAGAGCGACACUGCCGCGCCAAAGCCGGACAAGCAUUUCGUCGAUGCUGCCGAGCCCGACUCGGUGAUGCUGAUUACCUCGCCGCCUUCGACGCGCUCCGCGAUCUGGGGCGGGCUCAUGACCGCCCGCGCACAGAGCAUCGGGGUCAAGGGCGUGGUCCUCGACGGGCGCUGCCGCGACCUCGCCGAGCACCGCGAGAGCAAGUUUCCGGUAUUUGCGCGCCAGCACUCGAUUCUAGGUCAGUCGCCGUUCACGCGCCCGUCGCAGCUCCAGAUCCCGCUCGAGAUCGCGGACCCGACGUCGGUCGGCGCCAAGGGCGAGCCCGGCUUUCCCCCGGUGACGGUGCACCCCGGUGACAUUCUGCUGGCGGACGUCGACGGGGUCGUGAGCGUGCCAAAGGACCUCGUCGAGCAGGUCCUCGAGCUCGCGACCAAGGGCCGCGACGUCGACGGGAAAUGUAUGGACGAUCUGCGCGCCGGAAAGGGCAUCAAGGAAACCUUUGCAUUGCAUCGCGGGAAAUAG